AUAAGAAUAAAUUACGCAAGUUUAUAAUUGAAAGCUUUCUCUACCCCCAUGGUAUUAACUUCAAAACAAAUUAAAAAUUAGUGCAGAAAAGACGUGUUAAAUACUAUGUCUGAAGCUUUUGGUAAUUGUGUGCAACAAAACUUGGGUCUUGGAAACACUUUGGUGUCAACUCUUCUACACACAUUACUCGCUGCCCAAUGUAGUCUAUCUCCACCAGAGCUAUGGCCAAAAGACUAUGGACCCACUUAUAUAGAAAAGGGUUUGGAUACAUAUGACUUUGUGGUAAUUGGAGCGGGUACUGCUGGCUCGGUGGUUGCGAGUAGGCUCAGUGAGAAUCCUAAAUGGAGAGUAUUAGUGUUGGAAGCAGGUGGAGAUCCUCCAAUGGAAUCAAUGAUUCCUGCUAUAUAUUUUAACAUUCAACAUUCCAAAUACAAUUUUAACUAUUACACUGAGCCGGAUGAUAAAAGCUGCUUGGGAUAUAAGAAUCAAGUGUGUUAUUGGCCACGAGGCAAAAUGAUAGGUGGCAGCGGAGCUAUCAAUGCCAUGAUGUAUGUUCAAGGAACAAGCGAAGACUAUGAUAACUGGGAGCGUAGGGGAAAUCCCAAUUGGGCUUGGAAAGAUGUUCGACUAGCUUUUGAAAAAUCCCUUCAGACCAAUGAUUCAGAUCGGAAAGGUUGUGGUUGUGUUAAUGAUUUCGGUGUACACUAUUCUGAAAUUCGGGAAAUGUUAUUCAAAGGAGCUAUGGAACUAGGAGUACCUAGACUUAAUGACCUUAAAGAAGGUGCCUAUAUUGGAUAUACUGCCUUAAAGGGAAACACUAAGAAUGGUGUUCGAGGAAGUACUGGUAAAAGUUUCUUAGCGAAAUCCAAAGAUAGACCAAAUCUUCAUGUGAUUAAGAAUGCUGUAGUUACAAAGAUCAACCUUGAUGAGCAUGGAAGUCAAGUCAAAGGAGUGACUUUUGUCUACAACGAUCAUCAACAACUCUCAGUAAACAUCGCCAAAGAGGUUAUCCUCUCUGCUGGUGCCAUAGAUUCUCCCAAAAUUCUAAUGCUUUCCGGAAUUGGUCCAAAAGAACACCUCGAAAGUGUUGGUAUCCCAGUUUUGAAAAAUUUACAAGUUGGCAAUAAUCUGCAAGACCAUGUUAUGGUACCCCUGUUCUUCAAAGUUGAUGACAGCAAAGUCAAAGCACAAACACUUAGAGACCAACUUGAUGCUACUUACACCUACCUUGUCAAUCAAACAGGACCAUUAGCUACCACCGGGACUGUUCCCGUAACGGGAUUUAUCAAUUCAGAUGAGCAAUCCAGUAGUCCAUAUCCUGAUAUUUUAUUCCACAAUAUGUUUGCCCAGCGUGGAACUUCAGUUAUGGAAACAUGGCUUCACUCAGCUGAGGUUGCGGAUGACAUCGCUAACCCAAUUCGUGAAAUUCAUAAAGAUACCCAUUUGUUUGUGGCGUUCGUGAAACUUCUUAGACCAAAAUCUAUUGGAUAUAUUCAUUUGCAUAGUGCUGAUCCAAAAGAUCCUCCAAAACUGUUUGCAAAUUACCUGGCAGAUUCCCAAGAUAUUGAGACAAUUCUGAGAGGAAUUAAAUUUCAAAUGAAAAUGGAAGAAACGGCAGCAUUCAAGGAACAAAAUGCAAAACUACUACAAAUCAAUCUACCUGAAUGCAAUGAAUUGACAUUUAAAAGUGACAACUACUGGAAGUGCUACAUGAAAUAUAUGUCAAACACAGUUUAUCAUAUGGCUGGAAGUGUAAAAAUGGGACCCGAUACAGAUUCGAGUGCCGUUUUAGAUUGGCGAUUAAGAGUGAAGGGAGUUAAGGGGUUAAGAGUUGCAGACACCAGUAUAAUGCCGAGUAUUGUAAGUGGUAACACAAACGGUCCAACUAUGAUGAUUGGUGAAAGAGCUGCUGAAUUCAUAGUUGAAGACUGGAGUAAAUCAAAUGUCCAUAUUGAGUUGUAGGAUUUAAGGGCAUCAUUCAAAUUACACACUUUAUGGAAAUGAUGGAAAUUAAAAUUCGAAUAUUGGCGCUGAAUGAUUCGUAUUACCGUCUGUAUAUAUAUUGCCCAACAUUCGAAAUUGAAUGCCUGAAAUGUCGGCUAGUAUCGGCUCCUUAAAUCUCACUAUCAUCAUAAUAGCUUUAUUUAAAACAAAUGAUUUACGAAACUUUUGUUAUAUUUCUAUUGUCUUGUAUAUUUUUGUCAAUGAUAAUAGAAUAUUAAACAAUAAAAAAAAUCCUGAUUAAAUAUAAAUUCAA